UGGACGAUGCUGAACGGCGACCUGCUACUGGUGGUGUUCCACAUGCCCGCGGUAGCCUACUCGUGGAUAUAUAUGACAGCGUCCUUGUCGCCUGUGCUGCCCUGGACCGUCUGUGAUGAGCACGACAUAGGACACAGCGGCUGUUACCAGAACCAGCACGGCAAACAUCUGUGCUCCAAGGUGAAUGACAGGCUGGCCAGGCGUUACUUGUUGGACAACAACACGAGUGACAGAGCCAUCGCAGUGCGCACAGCCACAAGCCGAGAGCUGGUGUACGUGCCUGCCUCCGAGUACGAAGCCAUGCACAACAGCUGCAUCGACGGGAACGUGUCGGCGGCAAGGGCCUUCUACGAGUACGCACGCAAAAAUUAGAGCAGAAAUCAUCCUAGAGGAUUGCGUAUGUCAAGCGUAUAAUUUUCGAAAGGUAUACACCUGUAGAAGAGGCAGAUGUGUGGGCGAACUUGUCACU